AUGAGUUUCUCAUUUGAAGAUGUAUCAUAUUCUUUACAAGGCAAGCCAAUCUUAAAGGACAUCUCAGCUAAUGUUAAAGUUGGUGAAUUAGUUGCUCUGAUGGGUCCCAGUGGGGCUGGUAAAACCACACUUUUGAAAUUGCUCUCACAUCGUGUCAAAGCGGAUAACGGCCGAAUUGAAAUUAAUGAUAGACGUUUAACUAGAAGACUUGCCCGACGAAUUAGCUAUGUUUUGCAGGAGGACGUCUUUUUUCAGAAUAGUACCCUGAAAGAAACCUUAGAAUUUUCGGCUAGGCUUAGACUCCCAGAUACCAUGAGCGUUGACGAAAAGUUACAGAAAGUAAAACAUGUAGCGAAGACAUUAAAUCUAGACAAAUGCUUAAAUACAACAACUAAAAGCAUAUUAAUUGGCCUAGGCGAGAAGAAAAGAGCAAGCAUAGCUUGUGAAUUAUUGACUGAUCCUAUACUUCUGUUACUGGACGAACCAACAUCUGGUUUAGACUCUACCAACGCUUUAAAUUUAAUGAACGUACUCAGAAAUAUAGUUUCUACAGAAAAUCGAAUGGCAAUAGUUUCCAUUCAUCAGCCAUCGAGUAAAAUGUUUUACAUGUUUGAUAAAUUAAUCCUUCUUGGAGGUGGCAAACUCGCCUAUUUUGGUCGCCCAUCAGACGUUCUGGAUUUUUUUAGCAGAUGUGGUUUGCGUUGUAUUGGUCAUUAUAAUCCAGCCGAUUAUAUCCUUGAAAAAGCUUGCGAAGGCGGAGACGGCUUUGACAAUGUUGUGCAAUGUUAUAGUAAAUAUAGGAAGAGUACUGUAGGCGAGGUGCACCAUAGCGAGAAAGUUGAACAUACACAGAUGUGGCAAAGGGUAAAAAAAGAAACUGUCCUGUCAAAUAAACUCAUAGAUGGCCAACAAGAAAGCAUUGAAGUAGUUAUACGCGAUCACGUAAACACGAAAAACCCCACUGUUGUGGAUCGUGAAAAUUACAACAACGGAUUUAAUGGGAUAUCGAGUUCGAAGACAAAUGGUACUAAUUCCGACAAUAAAUCCCAUGACACUGAGAUUGCCAACGGCAUGACGGAGGCCGAUGUUGAAGUGUGUAUAGAUGAAAGAAUGAAGCGUUCAUGGCCAACGUCAUUCUUAACUCAAUACACAACUAUCUCUAGGAGAGCAUUUAUCCAAAUUGUUAGGUUUAUUCUUACAAAGCUAAAGGCUGUACAGAUGCUUUUAAUGGUGACUGUUGUUAGUGCAGUCUGGUUUCAAAUACCUCGCAGAGAAGAAUUCAUGCAGUCUAUAUUUGGAUAUUACUUUUUCAUCGUUACAUUUUGGUCGUUCACUCCAAUGUUUGACGCUUGUGUAUCUUUUCCGUUGGAGAGAAUUGUAUUCGUAAAGGAAAGAUCAGCUGGGAUGUUUAGGAUUUCGUCAUAUUUCGCUGCUAAAGUGACGAGUGAAAUUCCAAUUUACUUUAUAUGGCCCACGCUAUUUUUUACGGUAUCCUAUUGGUGCUCCGGUGUUGGCGGAUUUACAACCUAUAUCAUAACACUGAUGAUCCUCCUUGUUAACGUAAUAACAGUGCAGGCAAUAGGAAUGUUCAUAGGAGUUACUGUAAAAGACUUUCAUAGAUCUGUUGUAGUUGCUAGCGUUAUGAUGUUAUCGUUCAUGUUAUUGGGUGGAUUUUAUAAUCAGAGGAUCCCAGUUUGGCUAACAUGGUUUCGAUACGUGUCUCCUGUCACGUACAGUUACUCUGCUAUGUUGACUGUUAACUUUCAUAAUGAACCUCCUUUACGGUGUGGUGUAGAAUCAUCGGUAUUUCGUAUCUGCCAAGGAUUAAACACUACGGAACUUUUAUCUACUAACGGUACACAGAAUCAGUUAAUUACCGCAGACAUGGCUUUAAAUCAAUUGCAAAUUCUUCUCCCUGUUGGAGAAAAUCUCGCAGUACUCUUUGGUUUAGGAUUAUUCUUUAGAAUUUUAGUUUACUAUUCACUACGAUAUAUGAAUACACCGCAGUAA